AUGGCCGACACGGAGGAUGCGGGCACCUCGUCGGUGUCUGAACCCCUCGACCUGGUGCGCCUGUCGCUCGAUGAGAUUGUCUUUGUGAAGCUGCGCGGUGAUCGCGAGCUCAAGGGUCGCCUCCAUGCCUACGAUAGCCACUGCAAUCUCGUCUUGGGCGAUGUAGAGGAGACCAUCUAUGUGGUUGAGGAAGACGAGGACGAACAAGAGACGAUCCGAACAAUCAAGAAGCAGGAAGAAAUGCUUUUCACACGCAUUUGUCCGUUCUACUUCAUCCUUAUCUCUACUUGCAACGACCUACAAACACCUACAACCAUGGCACCCACUGGACCCAAACUCACCCUGGAGGAGCGGCGGAGAGGCGAAAUUGCACUGAGCGAGUUCGCCGAAUACGCCGAAAAGCAGCAGGCCCAGCGGUCGGCCGUGCCCGUUCCCAGCGACAGCGGAUAUGAAACCGCCAGCGUCUCGCGCGUCCAUGAGGACCACGCGGAGCUGGACAUCCUCGACCAGCUGUCAUUGAGCGAUACGCCCAAGACCGUGAAGCUGAAAGAGCUCCUUCUUGGCACGGGUGACCAGCCCGACGACGAUCUGCAGGUGCUGGCAAGCCUGCUGCAGUCCCGCAUCGACGAGGGCCACGGCGAGACGCUCUUCGACUUGGGCCUGGAGGACGGCGGGGAGUCGAUGCAGUUUGACCUGGAGCAGUGGAACACGGCGAUGCGGCGCCUACGUGAGGCCGCAGACACGCUCCCGGCGCAUUGUCGAGUGCUGGUCACGUAUAAUGUCGGCGGGCCGGAGGAGUCGCGCGUCAAGAAUGAGCGCACCAAGAGCUCGUGGGGCAAGCUGCUCAUCCGCCAGCCAGCGGGGACCGUGGAGGAGAUGGCGGAGAUCCGCGUGGCGGUCGUGGGCAAUGUCGAUGCCGGCAAGAGUACCAUGCUGGGAGUCCUCGUGAAGGGGAACCUGGACGACGGUCGCGGCAAGGCCCGGCUCAACCUGUUCCGCCACAAGCAUGAGAUCGAGAGCGGCCGGACUAGCUCGGUCGGCAUGGAAAUCAUGGGGUUCGACAGCCGCGGCGACAUUGUCAGCAGCUCCCAGGGCCGCAAGCUGUCGUGGGAGGAGAUCGGAAAGCGCUCCGCGAAAGUGAUUGGCUUCUCAGAUCUGGCUGGCCACGAACGAUACCUGCGGACCACCGUCUUUGGGAUGCUGAGCAGCAGCCCGAAUUACUGUCUGCUGAUGGUCGCCGCGAACAACGGUUUGAUCGGUAUGAGUAAAGAGCAUUUGGGCAUCGCCUUGGCUCUCAACGUGCCGGUCAUGGUCAUCGUUACGAAGAUUGAUAUCUGCCCGCCCCAGAUUCUGCAGGAGACACUCUCCCAGCUCAACAAGAUCCUCAAGUCCCCGGGCGCUCGCAAGAUUCCCGUGUUUGUGAAGGACAUGGAGGAGACGAUCAACACGGCUACGCAGUUUGUCAGUCAGCGGAUAUGCCCCAUCUUCCAGGUGUCCAACGUGACUGGAGAGAACCUCGAGCUCGUCCGGACCUUCUUGAAUAUCCUCCCUCAUCGGGGUCACUACAAUGUUGACGCUCCUUUUGAACUCCUGAUUAACGACACUUUCUCCGUUCCCCAUGUCGGCACGGUCGUGUCUGGCGUGGCCAAGUCGGGCGUGAUCCAUGCGGGUGACACGGUGCUGGUAGGGCCCGACUCGCUGGGUCAGUUCACUACGACGACAAUCAAGUCGAUUGAGCGCAAACGCAUUCAGGUGAAUGCCUGCUUCGCGGGGCAGUCUGGUUCGUUCGCUCUGAAGCGCGUUCGGAGGAAGGAAGUCCGCAAGGGUAUGGUCGUUCUCAAGAAAUUGGAGCAGGCCCCCAAGGUCUAUCGCGAGUUUGUAGCGGAAGUCCUGAUCCUCUCUCAUGCUACGACCAUCAAGCCGCGCUACCAGGCGAUGCUGCAUGUGGGCGCGGUGAGCCAGACAUGCUCCGUCAUCGACAUUGACCGUCCAUUUAUUCGGACUGGGGACCGUGCAUUAGUUGCAUUCCGAUUUGUGCAGCGGCCCGAGUUCCUUGCCCCUGGGGACCGGGUGCUUUUCCGCGAGGGCAAGACGAAGGGUCUGGGGAUUGUCAAGAGCGUGGGCUAUGAUCCGAAGAACCCCCUCAAUCCUGAAGCCAAGGCGGCUGAGGAAGCAAGCAAGCCGAAAUGA